CGUCGCGGCGGAGGACGCGCGUGUUUCGGCUAGGGGUCCGGUCGUGGGUUUAGAAACAGCGCAGGACUGUGGGGUGUUCUGGGCGUCCAGGGCGCGCGUGUUUCUUUUUGGAGUUUGCCGCCGAAUGUGUUGUCUGCGUUCCACGCUUUCGGGAAGAGGGAAGCAGAGGAGAGGUUCUGUGGGGACAGAGCUGGGGUUCGUGAAGGGGAAGGGCGCCUUCGGGCGGCUCUGGAGCGCCUGAGGCAGGGCUGCGGCCCGAAGAGGGGAGAAGAGAAGGAUUCCUGCAGUCAGGGUCCAACCCGUUUGGGAUCAGGGCUGGUCCCGAGGAGGGCCUGGGGCAGCCGUGCGAUGUUCGGGGCCCGGUGCCUGCUCCGAGCCCUGCGCUUCUGCUUCUCCGCUCCCUGCCCGAGGCACAAACCUUCAGCCAAGCUGAGCGUGCGAGACGCUCUCAGGGCCCAGAACGCGAGUGGGGAGCGCGUUAAGGUCCAGGGAUGGAUUCGUUCAGUCCGAUCCCAGAAGGAAGUCUUGUUCCUGCAUGUGAAUGAUGGGACAUCUUUGGAAAGCCUUCAGGUUGUAGCAGAUUCAAGCUUUGACAGUAGAGAACUGGCUUUUGGGAGUUCUGUGAAAGUUCAAGGGCAGCUGGUAAAAAGUCCAUCCAAAAGGCAAAAUGUGGAACUGAAGGCAGAAAAAAUUGAAGUUGUUGGAGAUUGUGAUGCCAAGGAUUUCCCUUUAAAAUACAAAGAGAGGCAUCCUAUGGAGUAUCUGAGACAAUAUCCUCACCUUAGGUGUAGGACGAAUGUUCUGGGUUCUAUUCUGAGAGUUCGCAGUGAAGCCACAGCUGCUAUCCAUUCUUUCUUUAAGGACAAUGGCUUUGUGCAUAUUCAUACUCCAAUAAUCACAUCCAAUGACUGUGAGGGGGCUGGAGAACUUUUUCAGGUCGAACCUUCAAGCAAAAUAAAAGUACCUGAGGAGAAUUUCUUCAACAUUCCUGCAUUUUUAACUGUCUCGGGACAACUUCACCUAGAAGUGAUGUCAGGAGCUUUUACUCAAGUGUUUACCUUUGGCCCAACAUUUCGAGCAGAGAAUUCUCAGAGCCGGAGACACCUGGCAGAGUUUUAUAUGGUAGAAGCAGAGAUUUCCUUUCUUGAGAAUCUUCAAGAUCUCAUGCAGGUAAUGGAGGGGCUCUUUAAGGCUACAACAACGACGGUUCUGUCAAAUUGUCCUGAAGAUGUUGAACUGUGUCACAAGUUCAUAGCUCCUGGCCAAAAGGACAGAUUAGAACAUAUGCUAAAAAACAACUUUCUAAUCAUUUCUUACACUGAGGCAGUGGAGAUCUUAAAGCAGGCAUCCCAGAACUUCACCUUCUGCCCAGAGUGGGGUGCUGAUCUACACACCGAACAUGAAAAGUACCUGGUGAAGCACUGUGGCAACAUGCCAGUCUUUGUCAUUAAUUAUCCAUUAAAGCUCAAGCCAUUCUACAUGAGGGAUAAUGAAGAUAGUCCUCAGCACACAGUUGCUGCUGUUGAUCUUCUGGUUCCUGGAGUUGGAGAACUCUUUGGAGGAAGCCUCAGAGAGGAACGGUACCAUUUCUUAGAGCAGCAGUUGGCCAGAUCAGGACUGACAGAAGCCUACCAAUGGUAUCUGGACCUCCGUCGAUUUGGAUCUGUGCCACAUGGCGGUUUUGGGAUGGGAUUUGAACGCUAUCUGCAGUGCAUCUUGGGAAUUGACAACAUCAAAGAUGUUAUCCCUUUUCCAAGAUUUACUCAUUCGUGUCUUUUAUAGCUGGAAGACUGAUUGAGGAAAAUCACCCCAUGCCAGAGGUUUUUGCAUCAGGCAACUGUUGGGUCAGAUUCCUGCCAGAAAAUGUGCUGGACGUUUGGUGUCUUGGAGCAGGUAUUAGAUGUAGCAGGAGAAGACUCUGGUUUUCAUCGGACACUACUUACCAGCUGCAGAACCUUAAGCAAGUUAUUUUAUCUCUGAGUUUGUAUACGCUUCUGCAAAAUGAGGAUAUUUAUCCUACAGAGUGUUGUGAGAAACAGUGAAGACUGUGUGAAAGGGUUUCAUAAACUGAAAACACUACUCAAAUGUAAGGUCUCCUAAGGGAAUUCUUUUCAAAACUCAGAAAAAAAGGAUAUGAACUAAGACAUCUAUUGCAUAUUGAAUAAAAUAUUUUAUAGCCAUAAAAAGUUAGAAAAUGUGUAGAAAAUUUUUAAAUUGUACUUUGCAAUUACAAUAGUGUGAAAGUUGUGUAUAUGGACCAGAGACUCAUGGAAAAAAAUGGAAUCAGCUGUUUCAGCACAGUGGAAGAGAGUGACUUUUCUUUAAAAAUCUGUUUGAUAUAUUCA